AUGCUGAACACCAACAACGUUACCAGGAACAUGGAUAUGAGGGACCAGCCACAUGCUGCAACUCCUGCCCAGUCUCAAGUGGUUGGAGGAUUUAACUGUGAGAAGAAUUCCCAACCCUGGCAUGUGGCUGUGUACCGCUUCACCAAAUAUCAAUGCGGGGGAGUCCUGUUGGACCGCAACUGGGUUCUCACAGCUGCCCACUGCUAUAACGAAGGUAGAGGCAGAAGGCACAAGAGUUCAACAUUAUCAUCACAGAUAGUGAGUUUGAGGCCUCUCACCAUCACUGUCCUGUUUGUGUCCUGUGUUGUUGGAGUCCUAGGCAAUGGGCUGGUGCUGUGGAUGGCUGUGUGAGCUGUGUUCUGCAUGGCCCGCACUGUCACUAUGAUCUGAUUCUUCAGCCUGGUCCUGGCUGACUUAACUGUUCUCUUGUCUGUGCCUAUUUCCAUGUGUAUCAUAGCAUGGCUGGUGGCCUUCUUGAUCUGUAAACUCUGCAUGGCCUUUCUAGUUCCCACCUUCUUCAUCAGCAUCUAUUUGCUGUGGAUCAUCUUUGUGGAUCCCUGCAUCUUGGUCCUGUACCGUGUGUGCAGAAUGGUGCAGCGAGCCACAUGGCUGUCCAUGGUGGUGUGGCUGCUGGAAGCUGCUGCCUGCUCUCUAUACUUGAAGUUCUGAACUACUGGGAAACUACAUGGCUGUGAAUGCUGCUACUUCCACUUCAGUUCAGAGAAAGAGACAGGGCAGGACUGAAGUGCAACGGUUGCUAAGCGACAGACAGCAAUAGCCAUCACCCACUUGCUGCUUGGCUUCUUAGUACUCCUGACUGUCAUCAGCGUCUGUGCCCACUGCAUUCGGUCCAGGCUUCGGAUGGAGGGCUGGGUGCAUGCAAGGCUGUCCAAGAAGCUGCUGCUGGUGGUUGUAAGCGCCUUCCUCGUCUUCUGGUUCCCUUUUAAGGUGGUGCUCUUGGUGAAGUCAGUGCUUCUGAUGUCUCUACAGCAGCCCCACUACCCCAAGACAGAGCUCAUCUCAUGGGCUGCCUUCUCCUUGAGCUGCCUCAACCCCUUCCUCUAUGUCUUCAUCAGCAGAGAUUUCCAACAGAAAAAUUUCCAGUCUCUAUCUUCUGCCCUGGCUAGAGUGUUUGGGGAAAAGGGUUUUAUCAGUCAUCCUGUCCCUGAGGCCAAUACCCUAGCAGAGGGUAGAAACCUUAGUUCAAACUAG